AUGACCGCCGACGGACGUCGGGAGGAGCGCAUCCUGUCCAGUGAGACAGGUAAGACAGCUUUAAAACUUCUCAUUAAAAUCCUCCAGUUUCCCUCAAUUUUACAUGUUAAAUGAUUUUAGAUAAAGUUGUUAUCUAUCAAGUAGGAUUAAAGUGUAAGAAUCGACAGUUAUUUGAAGUUAAAUUAACCAGUUGUGGGAACGGAGUUAUGAAUUCCACUCUUAAGAUAGCUUGACCCCAAACCCCAAACCUCAGAAAUAUCUAAUUUUGCUUGGGGAAAUUGGUAAAACCUAUUAAUUGAGGUGUGUUAGGGUGAAAGAUCUUAUUUGCUCAUGUGUGUAUGGUUUAGAGACUUCAACUUUCAAAAUUAACUGUAGAAAUAACAUAAUCAAAGAUGGCGCCUGGGCCACUUUUUUCUAACGUUAAACCGCUUUAGGCCACAUCUUUAAAAAGUUUUAAAAAACUGUUUUUGUUCAUAACUUGAAGAUAUUAGAACUGUGAGGCGGAUCUGAAUUAGGUGGAAUGCGCAUGCGUGCCUUUUGUGGCAGCCGGGGGCGGGGUUAACAGAGAAUGGAAUUUUGAAGAAGAUAUAGUAAAAUACUGUAACCCCUAUUUACCAAUUAACUAAUCAACUUCUGAUUACCAAUUACGGAAUUGAUUUUGUUGCUUCCAACGCCACCCCGGGAAUUUUACCUGGAGAGUAGAAUUACCCCUGAAUGUAGAGCUAGGGCACACACAAGUUCGUCUGCCAGUGAAGACAGGAGGCCGUGGUCCAGUGUACAAAUACUUUUGAUUUUUAUUUGACAAUUUUACCAAUAAACAAGAUCAAUAAAAUAUUUUUCACUAAUUCAUCCACACUCAUUCACACACAAACACACACACACUUCUCUAAACUAUAGCAACAAUGUUGCCUAUAAAAUUGAUGUGCAAUUAGCAAAUUUUGUUUUUUUCAGAAAUAAACCACAAAUACAAAAGAAAGAAGACUAGCAAGCAAAAAAAAGAAAAUAACUCAACUAUUAAAAUGAUAUGAAGUCUGUUUAAAUAAUAGAUAGACAGAAGUGUUGAAACUGAAGUGUAAUGCAGGCCUGUGCGUCUUUGAGUAAAAGACAAAAAGGAGUUUCUAAUUCUAAAGGAUACUCAAAAUAGUAAUGGCUGUGUCCAAAAUGGAUCCCUAACCCCUAUAUAGGUGACUAUAUUGGGGUAUAGUGAUGAUAAGUGAUCAAUUCCAGUGCCUCAUAUAGGCGACUCAAAAUUUCCCAUAAAGCAUUGCAAAAUGUAGUGACCAUCCGAUGGUCACUCACCGGUGGUGGGCAUCCCAUCAUGCAUUGCAUCUUGCCAUGUAGUGUCCAAAACCUCCAGUGAUUAAGUUCACUACAUAGUCAAUUAUAUCUGAAACCCCAUAUGGGGGUUAGGGGUUAGGGAUUGAGUGAUUCAUUUCAGACACAGCCAAUAAUUGAUUGUGUGGUAGCCAUUAUUUCUGCCACUACACUGACAGAGAGCAGACUCAGUAAAUGCGGACAAUCCCUUUACCGGAAGUGAAGGCGCGCACCAUGCUGACUGGCAUUAACAUACAAACUCAAAAUCUCCCUUACAAAUACACUGUAAAAAAUAUUCACACAAUAUGUAUACAAGGAAGAGAAUGAGUGUAACAAAUCAGCACCUUAACUGCAGUUAUUGUUGAUAAGGGGUCAAGUAAAGUCAAACAGCAGAAUACCAUGAAUGGUCCUGUAGGCCUCAUGAUGUCUCAUUCUCUUUUUAUGGAUGCACAGAUUUUGACCCUUUUAAACUUUUCCUCCCUCAAGUGGUGCCCUCCAGCUCGCUGCUCCUCCUGCUUCCGCUGUUGCUCUUCCUGCUUCUUCCUCUGUUUCCUCUCCUGCUUCUUUCUUUGCUUCCUCUCUUGCUUCCCCUGCUCCCUCUCCUGGGGUCCCACCCACUGGAGGAACCAUCAGUCUCCACUGGCAGGAUUGAUGAAGCCACAACUGUCCACUGCGCCUGACAGAAACAGCAAUCCAAGGAACUCCUCACAUCUGGAUGGACUUUUAAAACCCAGAGGAGUGUCUCACACCAGGACCUUUGAUUCCCAGGACAAGGAUAAUGGACCCUUUUAACCUUUGUGCACCCCUUAUAAUUUACUAACACUUGUUACCCUUUUGUUUAACCUUUAACCUUUUUGCACCCCUUAAAAUUUACUAACACUUGUUACCCUUUUGUUUAACAUUUAACCUUUGCGCACCCCUUGAAAUUUACUAACAAUUGUUACCCUUUUGUUACCCUCUAAUAAAAGUGCUUUAAAAUCAUUAUACAUUCAUUUUUUUUUUACUUUAAAGCAUUAUAUCUUGUCAACAACUCCAGACCUAUCCAUAGAUAUAAAGUUUAUUAUAAUUUUUUUUAUAAUUUUUUAGGUUUUUAGUGUCUUUUGUCGUAAGUACCCCUGAUUUUUUUUAAUGGGAAAAACACAAAAUAUGCAAUAUUUGCAGAAAUGAGGUGCAAAGUGAAAUAUUUUUGAUAAAGAUAUAACAGCCCUGACCAUGUCAAUAAUUGAUAAAAACAUUGAUUUCAAUGAAUAAUUAUUUUUUGCACAAUGACAGUUUUCAGUAUAAACUAUCACUUGUUACCCUUGUUGCCACAAGUGGCCGGUCUAAUAAAAGUGCAGUAAAAACAUUAUACAUUCCACAAUAAAAAAAAAAUACAGCAGAAGUCCUUUGUAAAUUCAGAAUAUAAAUAUGCAGUUGAGGUCCUGUGUAAGUACAGAUUUUACAUAUAAAUAUGCAGCAGAGGCCUGUGUAAAUCUGGAUUAUAAAUAUGAAUAUACAUAUGCAGCAGAGGCCCUUUGUAAGUCCACAAGAUUAAUAUGAAUAUAAAUAUGCAGCAGAAGUCCUGUGUAAACAAACGACAUUUGCUCUUUUUUCUGCACAUCUUUAGUUUCAUCAACAAUAACUGAAAACUUUUUGUGCAAAAUUUGUACCAUUAGAAAUGAAUGGGGAAGUCUUAAAAUUCUACCUUUUUCUCUUCCACCUUCUAAGCCUUAUAACUUAAGCAUACUUUCACCUAGAGACCUCAUUUUUGCUUUAAACUGUUCAUUGUCUUGUCAACUAUUGAUGUAUUCACUUUUUGUGCUAUCUUCUACAGUUUUCCCACAAUUUAGCUUUAAGCACCUCGUGGUUUUCAGCAAAUUUUCAGGCUUUAUAAUGGGUGUGUAUUGGAGAGGCUAGAGUGACGAUUUGAAAAGCUAGAGUGCAGACCUCGUCUCUGAUCGACAGAACCUCGCUCAAAUAUAUCGCUCCCACGCCCACAAAUCUCACUCCACAGCCAUAAAAAAUACAUCAAAAUGGAGGUAUACGUGUCCUGCUUCCCACAAAAGAGGUUUCAAAUCAUUAAAUCCUACCCCUUGGCCAGGAGGUGACCAACUGUCCAAAUAGGCAGAAAUCUCUCCCAUUGACCAUAAUGUAUUUUUUCUCCAAGAAAAUCCUUAUCGCCACUCAGGCUCAGACUUUUUUAACUAGCUGUUGUGGCCACAUUUUUCAGAGUACAGACAUAAAAAACACAUCAUUGUGUUCAUGAAGGGUGGAGGAUUCGUACGAUGUUCUUAUUUUCAUUCUGGGACUUAAGGAAAUCGUGCUAUGUGAAGAAGUUCACAGGCCCUAAAUUCACCGCAGUUCAGCACCUCUCAGUCAAACAGUAGGUCAGUUAAGAUCUGACAGCGGUUCAGGAUGCAAUCAUUAACGAGAGACACACACACACACACACACAUACACAUUCUUGUACUUGUUGCUUUGUGAGGUCUACCUUGCAGUUCAGCUGCUUGUACACACAGUUAACCCUUAUGUAACGGUGUGGCUAAAAAGAGCCACUAGGGUCAGAAUUUAGCCACCAAUUUCCACGUAACUUUUUUUUUACUGCACCAAAUGGGAUGAUUUUUUUUGUGGAUGCUUAUAUUGAUAGACACUUUGAAAAUAUUACUUCAAAAUUUUCACCAGGUCAAAAAUAGGCGCUCGGCAACCUUACACCCUUUGGUAACGCUCAGUGGCUAAAAAAAGCCACUUUUUUGACUGCUGUAAAAACAUAUUGGAUUCAUAUUUUUUCCAGAUUUUUUUUUUCGUAUAUCUCUUAAGUAACUUCUGCUCUAUUCAAAAUAGUACAUUUAGUAUAGUACAUAGGAGAAAAUGACUGAUAUUUAAUAGAAAACAUCAUCCUAAACUGGAAAUCUCUUGCAGGGUAAUAAAGUCUUGAAUAUGUAAAGGAUUAGUAAUAUCAUUGACUUUGAUGCCCUUUAAGUUUUUUAUGUAGGAUCAGAUUUCCAAAAAACAUCCUAUCUUAACGCUCAGUGGCUAAAAAAAGCCACUCCUUUGACUGCUGUAAAAACAUAUUGGAUUCAUAUUUUUUCCAGAUUUUUUUUCAUAUAUCUCUUAAUUAACUUCUGCUUUGAUCAAAAACUAGUAAAUUUUUCAUGUAAAAUUUUUUUUUUAACCCUUUGAGGGUCCAUUCAAAGCAUAAUGUCACUGAUAUGUUAGAAAAAUACACAAAAAUGGCCUAUUUUCAUCAUAAAACAUUAGAAACAAGUGAUUUUUUACAUGUUGCAUAGUCUUGGCCUUGUGAAGGAUUAGGAACCUCAGAAACUAUGAUGAAUUUUUGUGUAAUGUCUGAUUUUCAUAGAAACUUUCAGAUAACCCUCAUAAAAACACUUGCACUAUUCAUGUCUUUUCGAUACUCGCAUUUUCUUUGCCUACCUGCAGAUAGCAGUAAUGUGCUGAGCCAGAACUCAGCUUUGUGUGUGUGUGUGUGUGUGUGUGUGUGUGUGUGUGUGUGUGUGUGUGUGUGUGUGUGUUUGAAGCAAGACCGGCAGGAGAUCACUCUGUGUUCAUGCCAGAUGUGUUUCCCACAGAACACACAGGUUUUGUCAGUUCUUUUUGACACCAAAGCCGUUCCCAGGUCCUCCAGGAGUAGCCUCUUCCUGAAUCACUUAUCACUUUCCCCGGUUCCAGGAGAGAUCCACAUCCCACAGCGAGGCAGUAGAUUCAGGUAGGCAAAGAAAAUGCGAGUAUCGAAAAGACAUGAAUAGUGCAAGUGUUUUUAUGAGGGUUUUAUGAAAGUUUCUAUGAAAAUCAGACAUUACACAAAAAUUCAUCAUAGUUUCUGAGGUUCCUAAUCCUUCACAAGGCCAAGACUAUGCAACAUGUAAAAAAUCACCUGUUUCUAAUGUUUUAUGAUGAAAAUAGGCCAUUUUUGUGUAUUUUUCUAACAUAUCAGUGACAUUAUGCUUUGAAUGGACCCUCAAAGGGUUAAAAAAAAAUUUACAUGAAAAUUUUACUAGAUAUGAAUAGAGCAGAAGUUAAUUAAGAGAUAUAUGAAAAAAAAUCUGGAAAAAAUAUGAAUCCAAUAUGUUUUUACAGCAGUCAAAAAAGUGGCUUUUUUUAGCCACUGAACGUUAAGAUAGGAUGUUUUUUGGAAAUCUGAUCCUACAUAAAAAACUUAAAGGGCAUCAAAGUCAAUGAUAUUACUAAUCCUUUACAUAUUCAAGACUUUAUUACCCUACAAGAGAUUUCCAGUUUAGGAUGAUGUUUUCUAUUAAAUAUCAGUCAUUUUCUCCUAUUUUUUCCCAAUUUUGGUGACUUUUUUUUUUAAAUUGGCCCUUAAAGGGUUAAAAUUUUGAUGCUUCAUGAAAAAUUUACUAUUUUUGAAUAGAGCAGAAGUUACUUAAGAGAAAUAUGAAAAAAAAAUUGGAAAAAAUAUGAAUCCAAUAUGUUUUUACAGCAGUCAAAAAAGUGGUUACCAAAGGGUGUAAAUUGCGACGGUUACACAAGGGUUAAUGUGUGUCUGCUUCACCACCUAUCUCCACCCACAAACUUUGAGCUACAGAAACCAUUCUGGGCUUCAAAAAUUCAGCUCAUUGAAGAUAUUAUGGGGUGUUUUGAGGAUUGUGAUAAUAAAUUGUAUUAAUGAGUUCAGCAGAGUCUUGUGUUCUCACAAGCUCCUUAUCAUGAAUAUAUACAGAGGAUGAGCGUCAGGGCCUACUUGGAGUCCUGUUUCUUUAGCUUCAAGCCUUCUUUCUCCUGCUAUAGUUAUGCAUCCAAGGUCCCCAUGGCAACCAAUUUGUGCACCUGGAGACACACAGCUGACUGGAAAGCUGCUUCUAAUAGCCAUAUGAGACACAUGAAGCCAGGCUCAGUACACAUAGCACUGGGGAUGACAUUUAAAACCCUUUCCUAGAGCGCUUGAAAAAACUUCAGCCCCUAUCUUCUCACAUGACCUUUGACCUACAGAAACCAUUCAGGGCUUUAAAAUUUAAGUUCAUUGAGGACAUUAUGGGGUGUAUUCAGGAUUUAUAUUCAUUUAAAUUUUUCACAUUUUAAAGUCACUCAGUGAUGAUUUAUCAUUUAAUUUUUCAAACUAAUUUAAACUCAUUCAAACUGAUUCAAACCUUUCUAAUACUUAAAAACUUUCUGAUACUUGAGGAUUUUUAAUUAUUUAAAUUUUCCAUGUUUUAAAUUAGUUUUAAUAUUUAUGCAUUAUUCUAUCCUUCAAACAAAAUCCUACCUCAAGUACGACAACUACUGCUAACGUCAAUUAAACUAGUACUUUCCCCUCUACUUCAACUGCUAUUGCUCCUAUUUCUACUUUCUCUACUGCUCCUAUUGCUACUAUUUCUACUUUCAUUACUCCUUUGACUUAUACUUCUUUUAUUCUCAAACUACUUCUACUGCUGACAUGACUACUAGUAUUAAUGCCUUUGAUCUCACAGCUGUUUAGGAUAAAAUCAUUAACGAGACACACUCACACAGUCUGACAAUGUGUGUGCGUGUGUCUGUUUCCAAAGGACCUGCAUGUACACACAGUUAAUAUGUGUCUGCUUCACCACCUAUCUCCACCCACAAACUUGGAGCUACAAAAACCAUUCUGGGCUUCAAAAUGAAUGGGGAAAUCUUCAAAUUCUACCUUUUACUCCUCCACCUUCUCAGCCUUAUAACUUCAGCAUACUUUCACCUCGAGACCUCAUUUUUGCUUUACAAUGUUCACAAUCUUCUCCUCUAAAUAUGCUGUAUUGACAUUUUUGUGCUAUCUCCUACAGUUUUUCCACAAUUUAGCUUUAUUCACCUCGUGGUUUUCAGCAGAUUUUCAGGCUUUAUAAUGGGUGUGUAUUGGAGAGGCUAGAGUGAUGAUGUCAUCGCUAGAGUGGACAGCUCGUCUUUUUUCGACAGAACCUCGCUCAAAUAUAUCGCUCCCACGCCCACAAAUUUCACUCCACAGCCACAAAAAAUACAUCAAAAUGGAGGUAUAUGUGUCCUGCUUCUCACAAAAGAGGUUUCAAAUCAUUAAAUCCUACCCCUUGGCCUGCAGGUGACCAAAUGUCCAAAUAGGCGGAAAUCUCUCCCAUUAGCCCUCAUGUAUUUUUUCUCCAAGAAAAUCCUUAUCGUCACUCAGGCUCAGACUUUUUUAACUCGCUGUUGUGGCCACAUUUUUUGGAGUUCAGACAUGAAAAACACAUCAUUGUGUUCAUGAAGGGCGGAGGAUUCGUACGAUGUUCUUAUUUUCAUUCUGGGACUUUAGGAAAUCACGCUAUGUUCAGAGGCCCUAAAGUCACUGCAGUUCAGCUGCUUCUCAGUCAAACAGUAGGUCAGUUAACGCCUUUGGUCUCACAGCUGUUUAGGAUAAAAUCAUUAACGAGACACACUCACACACAUGCUGCGUCCGAACUGCCCGCUCGGAUACUACAUGCUACUGCUACGUGCUACUGCUAGAUCCUACUCCUACAUACUAAACACGUUGGCCCAAUUCGGACACACUAGACGAGCGGUGAGGAAAGACGACCCCCGCAGGCAGAGAGUAGGUACUGCGCCCGUGCAGACAGUGGUAACUGAAGCACCUCAUCUGCUGGCCUGGCUGUAGUACUGCAGCGAGUACUGUACAAUGAUCGGUGCGCACAGGUGACUUAUUAGGCAUCAUCACCAGAAGGCACCUGUUACUCAUUAACAAUGAGUAUAAAUAUAGUGGUGCCAUCACGGAGGUGGCACAUCUUCAAACAAAAGCCAACAUGCCUGCAACCGCACUGAUGCUGCUCCACACAGAAAGUGCAAGGCGGAGGCGAGCCCUGGCUCGCCGCCGUCUUGCGCUUUCUGUGUGGAGAUUCUUGGAGUCACUGCCACAGGUAAGCUAUGACAUGAAGUGCUUGAACUAGAAGCUCUGACAUGUAUUUCUUGUUACUAGUCUUUUCUGGUGUCAAAUGAUAUUGUAAAUUUGUUUACUAAUCUUACGUCAAAGAUGCAUCCACUUCAGGGCUUUAAAUCAUUACAUUUGCGUUUAAGGUGACAGGAAUCUAAUGAAAUAAUAUUUGAGAAUAAACCAUAUUAGAAAUAAUACAAAUAAGGAGAAUCCAACAACAUUUUGUAAGGCUUUGAGUAAGGCUUUUUGUAAGGCCUCAGACUCCCUUUGUUCUGUGCUGAUCUUGGUCAGGGUGCAAAAGGGAGAGCAGGCCUGAGGGCUGGCUUUUUUGGUGUUGGGGGUGUGGUUUGGCCUUGACUGACAGGGGAGUCAGGUAUUGAGAUGGUGAGGUGAGAAUUUGGGAUUUAACAAUGUGGUUUCUUUGAUUUUUCAGCAUGGCCCACGCGGGCCAUACACACUGCUCAACAGCACCGUGCCCAUCAUUCGGCAGUUUUUGGAUGACACCGUUGACCUGCGCCCCAACCUUCGCCUCUCUCGUCGCUCGCUUGCUGCCCUUACUGCUGCCAUCGACCUCAACGUGACGCUGGCCUCAACGCUGGCCAAAGGACAUAGAGGUGCUGCUCUUCGUUUUUUGGUUGGCCCAUGCAGUGUCCUACAGGGUGGUGGCUGCAGCCUGCGACAUCCCCAAGUCCACUGUUCAUGAUAUUGUGCACAGGGUGACCAAGGCUGUCGUGGGCAUCCUGGGCAGCACCAUCCGCCUCCCCAACCCUGACCAGCUGGAGGACAUCGCUGCUGGCUUCAGCCGCCUCGGGGGAAGUCCAGCUCUGCGGACCGUGGUCGGGGCAAUCGAUGGCUGCCACGUCCGCAUCAAACCACCUGCAGCACAUCAGCUGGACUUCCUCAACCGUAAGCUGUUUCACUCAAUCCAGCUCCAGGCCAUCUGUGACCACCAGGGGAGAUUUCUUGAUUUGUUUGUGGGCUUCCCUGGCUCCGUUCACGAUGCCCGAGUACUACGGAACAGCCCAGUGUACUACAGGCAGCUAUACCCACCGGAGGGCUGGUGUAUCCUGGGGGAUGGAGGCUACCCCUGUUUAGGUGCCCCCAUCUGCCUCCUGACCGGGAACCUGUUGCCAACCCCGUGCAGGCCCGGUUCAACACCAUUCACGGAAAGGCACGGAAUAUUAUUGAGCGGGCCUUCGGGAUGAUGAAGGCUCGUUGGCGGUCCAUCUUCCUCAGGGCCCUGGAGGUGAAGCCAGCCUUUGCAUCGGAGGUGGUCACCUGUUGUGCCAUCCUCCACAACAUCUGCAUGGACAACGGUGACCUCUUCGAGGCCGAGCCUCCCCCUGAGGAAGAUGGACCGCCUCCCUGUUCUGAUGCGGCGUCAGGGGAACACCUGCGGGACCGUCUGGCUGCAGCAGUGUCUGCCCCAGAGGUUGUGGCUGAUGUCCUCCAGGACCAUAAUUAUUGUUAA